AAUAUUAUUUUCAAAGCGAGGCCAACGACUAUGCACAACUAGUAGGCCGACGAACGCGACUGCAUAGCUGAACGCGGAAGUGUUCAAAGUUCAGUUUGGCAACACGUCAGGUUCCCGUUCGUUACAUUUGUGCACCGUCGUCGACAAGGUGAUUUCUGUACGUUUUUGAAAAUCUUUGAAGACCCCACAUUAAUACAAUGAUGACGAUGAUGAUGGCUACAACGUCAAAUCUAUUGUUUCGAAAAUUGGGAACAUCAUGUUUACGUCUCUAUUCAGCCUCUUCAAAAAAAAUAACUACUCAUUACACUAUACAUCCACGAGAAACUGAUCAAAGAUGGAAAGAUAUACCAAUGGAACGUUAUGAAGAUGUAGCUGAUGUUGUAAUUGUUGGCGGUGGGCCAGCUGGUUUAUCAGCUGCAAUUAAGUUAAAGAAAUUAGCCACAGAAAAUAAUAAAGAACUUAGAGUUUGUGUGGUGGAAAAAGCUCCAGAAGUUGGUGGUCAUAUUUUAUCAGGUGCUGUGGUAGAUCCAAUCGCCUUAAAUGAACUGUUUCCAGACUGGAAAGAUUUGGGUGCACCAUUAACUACUCCUGUCAAAGAUGACAAAUUUAGUUAUCUAACUAAAAGUAGUCGUAUACCUAUUCCAAUUUUACCUGGUAUGCCAAUGGAUAAUCAUGGAAAUUAUAUUGUAAGAUUAGGACAUUUAGUAAAAUGGCUUGGUGAACAAGCUGAAUCCUUGGGAGUUGAAGUUUACUCAGGAUAUCCAGCUUCAGAAGUACUUUAUCAUGAGGAUGGUUCAGUAAAAGGGGUUUCUACUGGUGAUGUUGGAAUUGCCAAAGAUGGAUCUCCUAAAGACAGUUUUGAACGGGGAAUGGAAUUACAUGCUAAAGUUACUAUAUUCGCUGAAGGCUGCCAUGGUCAUUUAACUAAACAGUUAUUCAAAAAGUUUAAUUUACGUGAAAACUGUGCACCACAAUCAUAUGGUCUUGGUAUUAAAGAAAUAUGGGAAGUUAACCCUGAAAUCCACAGUCCUGGAAAAGUAGAACAUACUGUUGGGUGGCCAUUAGACAUAAAUACUUAUGGAGGCUCAUUUGUUUAUCAUCUAAACGAACCUACUCCACUCAUUGCUGUUGGUUUUGUUGUAGGACUUGAUUAUAGUAAUCCAUAUUUAAGUCCUUUUAGAGAGUUUCAACGUUUUAAACAUCACCCUCAUGUUCAACCAUUGUUUGAAAACGGCAAAAGAAUUGCAUAUGGUGCUAGAGCUCUUAAUGAAGGUGGUUUUCAAUCCAUUCCGAAACUUUCUUUUCCCGGCGGUGCUUUAAUUGGUUGUACUGCAGGAUUUUUGAAUGUACCUAAAAUCAAAGGUACCCAUUAUGCAAUGAAAUCUGGUAUGCUUGCUGCUGAAUCAACUUUUGACACCAUAUUUAGUUCAUCUGAAACAAGCGAAACUGCUGGCUUAGAACCAAAAGAUUAUGAAGAAAAAGUUAAAAGUAGUUGGAUAUGGUCAGACUUGAAAGAAGUACGGAAUGUUCGACCAUCAUUCCAUACUAAACUUGGACUGUUUGGUGGUAUGGCAUAUUCUGGAUUUACACUUGCAAUUAAAGGAAAAGAACCUUGGACCCUUAGUCAUGGAGUUCCUGAUAAUGAGAGACUGAAAAAAAAAACUGAAGUUUCUGUAAUUGAAUAUCCAAAACCAGAUGGAAAAAUAAGUUUUGAUAUAUUAUCUUCUGUUGCAUUAACUGGCACAAACCACGAAGGAGACCAACCUGCUCAUUUGACAUUAUUAGAUGAUUCAGUUCCUGUAAAUACUAAUUUAAAUCUGUAUGAUGGUCCUGAAGGUAGAUUUUGUCCUGCAGGUGUUUAUGAAUAUGUCCCAGACGAAGAUGGCCAAGGCGACCGAUUGCAAAUAAACGCACAAAACUGCAUCCACUGCAAGACCUGCGAUAUCAAGGAUCCUACUCAAAAUAUCAAUUGGGUAGUGCCCGAACCUGGUGGUGGGCCAGCUUACAAUGGCAUGUGAAUACGCUCCCUAUCCAUGCAUGUACAUGGUUGUGUGUAGUACUGCUCUGCUGCUACUGCCUCUAUCCAUUUCAUAUAUUGGAUACACCUACAAAUGAGUGGAAUCAAGUUAUCAUAUUUACU